AUUUUUACGUUUUUCCAUAGACCUGGCAACUCGCGGUGCGAUUACAACUCUUUCCAUCUGUUGAGGAAGUGUGUCAGACGUCGGAAAUUAUUCUGAAACCACGAAGUGAAAACUUUAUAAAGUGAAGAGAGUGGAUUUUGUUCGGGAGCAGAGUGCGCAGCAGCCUCGGCUCGUGCCACGGAGCCUGUUUUGUGGCUGUUAGAGUCACGGCUCUGACGCUAAGCGCUACGUUCAGGCUAAUGCCCGCGACACCCGGAGGGUCAGCCGUGUACUGUCAAGCUGUGCGGGAGAAAGUCCGGAUCAGGCCCGAGCCGUGCCCGGCUGUUUCUGGUCAUGUCCGAGCUGCCGCUGCUCUGACCGGAUGGCGGGAAUACUAACGUGUGUGGAGGACGUGAAGCGGCGGCUUAAAGUGCACGUCCUGCGGGAAGCCGGCCGUCAGUAUCCGCUCACCUGCUUCGUCCUGGUGUCUAUGCUCGCGCUAACGGUGCUGCUCAACAGGUAUAUUCACAUCCUGAUGGUGUUCUGGUCGCUCCUGGCUGGUUUUGCCACUUUCUACUGCUCCCUCAGACCAGAGACUCUCCUUCCCAGCGUCCUGUUCACCGCGAAGCCCAGGAGCAGACAACGGGAGCAGGAACUGUUUCCUCUGGGUCACAGCUGUGCCGUGUGCGGGAAGGUCAAAUGCAAGCGUCACCGGCCGACACUGCUCCUAGAAAACUAUCAGCCAUGGUUGGACCUGAAGGUUCAUUCAAAGGUGGACGCCUCAGUAGCAGAGGUGUUCGAGUUAGUCCUUGAGAACUUUGUGUACCCCUGGUACAGAGACAUCACAGAUGACGAGGCAUGUUUGGAUGAACUGAGGAUGACUUUUCGCUUCUUCGCGUCGGUGCUUGUCCGCCGAGCUCAGAAGAUUGAUAUCCCUGCUGUGUUUGCAGACAAAGUGAUGAAAGCUGCGAUGAAGCACAUUGAAAUUAUUGCAAAAGCCCACCAAAGAGUGAAGACUGUAGACGGCCUGCAGCAGGCGGCUCUGGACGAAUAUGGCGCCGACCUCCACGUCGCUCUGCACAGCCGGAGAGACGAGCUGCUGUACCUGAGGAAGCUCACGGAGAUGCUGUUUCCCUAUGUCAUGCCUCCCAAAGCCACAGACUGCAGGUCUCUGGCUCUGCUGCUGCGGGAGGUGAUGGCUGGAUCCGUCAUCCUACCAACCAUGGACUUCAUGGCCGACCCUGAUACAGUGAACCUCAUGGUGCUUCUAUUUGUUGAUGAUACUCCACCGGAGCCAGCCACAGAGCCUCCGUCUCCACUGGUUCCAUUUUUACAGAAAUACGAAGAAACGCAUCAAAUCAGAAGCCAGAAGCCGUCUGUGCUGAAGCUGGAGCUGAAAGAGAUCAGGGAGCAGCAGGAUCUCCUCUUUCGUUUCAUGAACUUCCUGAAGCAGGAAGGAGCCGUGCAUGUGCUGCAGUUCUGCCUCGCCGUCGAGGAGCUUAACGAUAAGAUCCUUCGUCCGGAACUGAGCGACUCUGAGCUGCUGCAUUUGCACGGCGAGGUGGUGCACAUGUACGAGACGUACUGCCUCGAGGAGAGCAUCGACAAGAUCAGCUUCGACCCGUUCAUCGUAGAAGAGAUAAGGAACGUCGCCAAAGGUCCGUACACUGAGGUGGUGAAGCUGCAGCAGAUGCGCUGCCUGUUUGAGGCGUACGAGCAUGUCCUGUCUCUACUGGAAAGAGUCUUCACGCCCAUAUUCUGUCACAGCGAUGAGUACUUCAGACACCUGCUGAAGGGGGUGGAGUCUCCAGCGAGGAGCUCGAAAGUCAGCAGAUGCGCUUCUUAUUCCAGAAGCUUCAGCUGGGACGAGACCAGAAACACGUCCAAAAGAGGGGAGUCGUUCGGUAUCAGAGGAAUUGGCAGUAAAAUCAAAGGCGUGUUUAAGAGCACGACCAUGGAGGGCGCCUUACUGCCGUCCAGCGCCAUGAAUGACGUCGACGACGAUAUGGUGGAGGAGGCCACAGUUGUGAUGGAAGACGACUCCCCCGACGAGCCGGCCAUCCCACCUGAACCCCAGAGGAACCUUCUGGCCUGGAGUAUCACCAUCCCCUACAUCGACUUCUACGACGACGACAUCAAGAAGGAGCGGAUCCUAGUCUUCUCCAUCCACGUCGAGCGCAACGACAAAAAGAACGCUGAUCACGAAGCAGACAAGUGGUUGGUGCAAAGGAAGUACAUGGAGUUCUACGUCCUGGAGUCAAAACUCACCGAAUUCCACGGCCCAUUUGAAGAUGCACAGCUUCCAUCCAAAAGAAUCAUCGGACCAAAGAACUACGAGUUCCUCGAAUCUAAAAGGGAAGAAUUUGAGAAAUAUUUGCAGGCUCUCCUACAGCAUCCGGAGCUCAGCAACAGCCAGCUGCUGUUCGACUUCCUGUCUCCUCUUGUGGAGCAUCAGUUCCUGGACAGGAUGCUGCCCGAUGUCAACCUGGGAAAAAUCUUCAAGUCUGUUCCUGGAAAGCUGAUAAAGGAGAGAGGACAGAACCUGGAGCGGUUCCUUCAGUCCUUCGUCAACUCAUGCGAGUCUCCCAAACCCAAACCGAGCCGGCCCGAGCUGACCAUCAUCAGCCCCACAGCGGGGAACAAGAAGCUCGUUAGCAACCUGUUCAAGAACAACGGCAACCUGUCGGAGAGGAAGCACAACCCCAACUUCUUCGCAGAGACGUUCACUGUGGACGGCAUGUACGACUACAUGAUGUAUGUCGGCCGGGUGGUGUUUCGCAUGCCGGACUGGCUGCAUCACAUUCUGUCUGCUGGGAGGAUCUUGUUGAAGAGCACAUUCGAAGCCUACAUGGAUCAGUACAUGCAGUUGAAACUGGAGCAGAUCCUUCAGGAGCACCGCGUGGUCUCCCUCAUCACUCAGCUCCGAGACGCCGUCUUCUGUGAAAGCAGCGAGGAACGAACAGCAGAGGCCAAACAAGCCAGAGCCAAGCAGACGUUCGAGGAGAUGAUGAAGUACCUGCCAGACUUUGUGGUGAAGUGCAUUGGCGAGGAGUCGAAGUAUGAAGGUAUCCAGCUGCUGUUUGACAGUUUUCAGCAGCCGUUGCUCAACAAGCAGAUGACGUACGUCCUGCUGGACAUCGCCGUGCUGGAGCUUUUUCCUGAACUCAGCAAGCAGGGGGCGAAGGAGGCGUUCAUCGUGUGACCCGGACGAGGAACCGAACUCCAUGCUGGAAUGUGCAAUACUGUCAGAAUAUUUCCAAAGGCUCUGAGACCAUCUCUGCAUUCCGAUGUACAUUAAUGCACUAAUAAAGAGAUAUUUAUUGAUAUCACA